AUGCAAGGUCCUUCGAAUCCGACAGUCACAGCAGUGAGCAGAACAGAGGUCGUUGUGUCCUGGGACCCACCUUGUCAGAUUCUUCGAGAAGAGUUGAGACGCUACGAAGUCUACGUCAACGCCUCUACAAAGCCGAUCUACUCAGGAACGCAGACUUUUUGCCAUCUUCGUGGUCUCAAAUCCGAUUUUCAGUACCAUUUCAAGAUCCUAAUGGUGUUGAAGUGUGACACUGUUAUGGAUAAGAUAGUUCUCACCAGGAGUAGAAAAGACUCGAGGAUGAGGAGAGACAAACAUCACGACGAGAAGUUCCAAACGCCAUCAAGUACACUAAAAAGGCUGCGAAAAGCUCAAGGCAAAUCUCUUGAAAACGAAAAAGCAAGUCGUCAUCAAAGCUGCUCAGACUUUGAAAAACUGAAGGUACAGAGUCGGAUAUUUAUAAUCGAUCCAUACUUUCGGUUCUGA